GCUGCAAGAUCAAAGCCCUGCGGGCAAAGACCAACACCUACAUCAAGACACCCGUGCGGGGUGAGGAGCCGGUCUUCAUGGUGACGGGGCGGCGGGAGGACGUGGCCAUGGCCCGUCGGGAGAUCAUCUCCGCUGCCGAGCACUUCUCCAUGAUCAGGGCGUCCCGCAACAAGGCUGGCACCACUUUCGGCAGCGCUCCCACCUUGCCGGCUCCAGUACCCAUCCGGGCGCGGCUUGACCCGGGCUUGGAGACCCCCUACUCGGAGGCCUGGCAGUUCCACACGCCUGCGCCGGGCUGCAAGCCCCUCUCCACCUUCCGGCAGAACAGCCUGGGGUGCAUCGGCGACUGCUCCGUCGACCCUGUCUACGAGACCCCCCGGCUGAACGACCAAAACGACUUCAAUUAUGGUUACCUCUUCCCCAACUAUGGUGUGAACAAGCAAGAUCUAUAUUACGGGGUGCCGGAGUCGGGUGCCCCGAUGUGGGCUGGGCAGGAGAACACCAACCCCGUCUCG